UGUAUAGGACCCCACCUUUGUGAUGGGAUAUGGGUUGACCAUCAUAAAAUUGGAGGCUUUGUUUCGAACUUCAAGAUCCACAAUAUGCUUAUGUGGAUACUUAAAGAAUGGAGAGCAAAGCCCAAGACAAUUAGAAGCUCAAAAUAAGAAAGAAGACCCAUGCUUUUGGUCUUCAAUUAAGAGGCCCCAAGUUAAUGGGUAUUUUAGUAUUUUUGCUUAGAUAUGAACCCUAGUAUAAAUAAGCUAUUAUGUCUUUAUUUUGGAAGAUAGAUUAUGUUGGAUUAUGAGUGUAGAUUACUCUUUUGAGAGUUGGGGAUUGUCCCAUACCUCCUCUUGAACCUCUCGUGAAUUACUACGAGUAGGUAACUCAUGUAUGAAUUCAUAUCUCUUCUCCCUUUAGAUUAUAUUUCGUAUUUGAAUGUUAAUCUAAUUAGUUCCUAGACUCUCUUCAUUAUUUCUUUGGGUUAAUUUAUUGCAUUUCAAUUCUAGAUUUAUCCUUUCUUUCUUCUUAUCCUAUAUUCGAGAUUAUUGGUUGCAUUUUUAUAUGUCUAGGUAAUUAAUUACUUAGGUGUGUAUUUAUCCCAACAAUUAUCUUAAUCUCUCUAUCCUUUUUAUUGCUCUCCAUAAUUGUUAUCAGUGUUCAUGUGGGAUUGAAGAACCCAUCUUCAAUUUCUUUGGAUUCUGGAGCCCGUUUCACAUCAAAUUGGUAUCAGAGCAAGGCUAAAGAAUUGUUCCAACAAUUCUUAAUCCUUGACAUUGUUAUUUUCUGAAAAUUCAAAAAAAAAAAAAAAAAAAACUGAAAAAAAAAUUCGAAAAUACACAAAAAAAAGGGUUUUGUUGAUUGGAAAUCCGUGACUGACAAAUUGAAUUUGAUUUGGUGCUUUGUUGUUGAUAAAGCAAGAAAGGAAAGAAGAAAACCAAAAAAUUCCAUGACCCCCAUUAAUGGAGCUUGAAGAAGAAACUUGAAAAAUGGUUUUGUUAAAAUCCUUGAUUGUUGGGAAAAUUGAUUAUUGGGGUUUGUUGAUAAUGAUGUUGUGGAGCUAUGGUUAAAAUUUCAAGUCAUUUGGUAAAGAUUUGAUGUGGUUUUGAUCAAAAUCUUUGAGCAAAAAACUUGAAGAAGUUUGGAAGAAGAAGAAGACUUCAAAAAUAUCCAUAAUUUUCAGAAACAGCCAAAUCAACCCUUUUCAUUUAAGAUAUAGCGUUUUCAACUUCACUUUCUCAUCUUUUCGUGUUAUCUCUAGCUUUUGAGUAUUAGUUCAUACUUAGUGUUAAAUUAGUUUUGAGUGCCUUUAUUUUAUUUUGUGCCACUUUAUUUCAUGCUUUUCUCUUUUGUUUCUGUGGUAGUUCUUUGUUUCCUAGUCCGUUAGUUUUAUUUGUCCUUCUUUGUUAUUACAUGAAUUCCACUUCGAACCAAUACUUGGAUACUUAUAUGAAAGAAUUUGAGAUUGAUUGGUUCUUGAAGAGAUUGUGGACAUCCCUUGAGAGGUAAGAGGCAAAGAGUGGUGAGCUCAUUUGAGAGUGGCCAUAAAAGCCUUCGGCAUUGAGUAUAAACAAGAGUGUUGAGUGAUAUAAAUUUUGAGUGAUACACUAAGUGAGUGAUUUGUGAGAUUCAUUUUGUUUAUCUAACCCAUCUUCAUUAUUUUUCAAGUAUGUCUUUUGUAGGUACAAGGAAUUAAAAGGUAGGCAUGGAUGGUAAUGGCAAUUCAAGUGGUGGUUCCAUGAAAGAAAAUGAAAGGUGGAGUUCAUCCAAUGAGUCAGCUUAUAUUCGAUAUGAUUUUGAUACAUGGUAUGAGUGGUGGUAUGAAUAAAAUUUGAUUAAAGAGAAGGAACUCCGUAAAAUGAAGCUUACUUGUUUCAAUGGGAAUGAUGGUCCGGAUGUAUACUUGGGUCCAAGAGCUUGAAGAGACACUUCACAUCUUCAAAGUUCCUAACUUACAAAGAGUAAUUUAUGCCACUGACAUGUUCAUAAAUCAUGCUUAUCGAUGGUGGAACGAAGUGAUGAGUAAAAGGUAUAGAGAUAACCUAGGUGCCGUCACAAAGUGGAAAGAAUUUAAGAGGCUCAUGGAAGAGAAAUUUGCUCCUAAAUAUUUUCGAGAAAAAUAUUGUGGUGAAUAUGAUAGAGGACCCACUCGGAGCAGAAAGGAAAAGUAUGAGGGAAGUUUAAAUAAAUAUGCAACAAGGAAUAAUGCCAAAAGAGAAGACUUAAGGAAUAAUCAAGAUGUGACUCCUUUGUCAUAUAUUCACUCGAAAGGAAGAUCAAGAGAUGCUUCUUAUGGUGUCAACCAUAGACAUGAAGUUGAGAGCCUUUUUUACAAGUCAAAUGAAGUCCUCAUGUCUAAAGAAGAAAAGUCCUUUGCUACUUAUAACAAUGAGCAUUUGAGUGGAGUGCAAGGUAACGUGGCUACACUUAAUUAUACUUCUAGUGCUAGUAGUGAUAGAAGUGUGUCUUGUCAUAAAUCUUUGGGAGCUAGAAAUUGUUUAGAGAAGGUGAAUGAAAAUCAUGUUAGUUCUAGUAGUCCUUACUUAAAGGAUCUUACUCCUACUUCUACUUGUGCAAUUGUGUCAUCUUUUGAGAAAAAUGUUGAAUUGCCUACUUGUGAUAAAAAUGAUAAUUCUUGUGUAGAAAAUGUUGUGGGAUGUAAAAAUUGUGCCUUUGGUGAAGUUGUUGAAAGUAGUACUUCUUUAGUGACAAAUGCAAAUGAUAAGGUUGUGCCUGGGAAUGAAGAUUUGCUCGUAAGGAAAUCUUUAUCUACUUGUUUGAAUGAAGAGGAAGAAAGUACACAAAGGCAUAAUAUUUUCUACACUAGAUGCCUUGUUUUGGAAAGGAUGUGCACUUUGGUAGUGAAUGGUGCUAGCUGUGAUAACUUGAUUAGUGCUACCUUGGUGAAGGAAUUAAAGUUAGACUUUUAAUCAUCCUAGGCCUGUAGGUUGCAAUGGUUGAAUGAAUAUGGUGAACUUAAAGUGAGUAGAAUGGUGAAAAUUCUUUUCAUGAUUGGAGACUAUAAAGAUGAAGUAACAUGUGGUGUGGUGCAAUUACAUGCUUGUCAUAUUAUUCUUGGGAGACUUUGGAUGUAUGAUAGAGAUGUUGUGCUUAGUGGGAGGAAGAAUCACUACACAUGGGAGAUGGAAGGAAAAGUGAUCAAGGUUGAACCGUUAGAGCCAAAUGAAGUGUUAAAAGUGCAAGUGAAUUUAAGGGCGUCCUUGAAAAAUACUACAAGAAAAAGUGAGGAUGAGAGAGAAGUAAGGGAGAGAAAAGUGACAACUGUAGAGCGAAAAAAUGAGAGAAAAAUUUGAGUGAAGAGAGUGAGUUGUCACAAGAGAAGAGAGGAGAGGUUGAAAAGAAAGUGAGAGAAAAGAAAGAGGGAAAACAAAAGAUUGAGAGUGAGGAUCUUCCUUAUUCUAAUGUUCCUAACUUUUCUACUUUCUCUAGUUAUUUUGCGUCUUGUGAAGGAACUCUUGGAGUGGAGCAUUUGAAGGAGCAAUCAAAAGGGAAAAAUUCAUCUUUGGAGAAUUUGGAAGAACAAGAUACCUUUUCAAGAGAAUCUAUGGGCUGAAUUGAGCAAGAUCAACGUAAAGAAAAUUUAUUUGAAGAGUUUCAAGUGUACGAUAAUCCUUUAUGUGGAGUUGAAAUUGAGGAUGUUGAAGAGUGUGCUGGUGAAAAGAAAGAAUUUGGAGAGAUUCUUAAAGUUAAUGAAUACUUGUGCAAAAAGAAAGGGACACAUUUCUUUAAAGGAGGGAAUGAUGGGAUACGGGGUGACCAUCAAAAAAUUGGAGGCUUCAUUCCGAACUUCAAGAUCCACAAAAUGCUUAUGUGAAUAUUUAAAGAAUGGAGAGCAAAGCCCAAGAUAAUUAGAAGCCCAAAAUAAGAAAGAAGACCCAUGUCUUUGGUCUUCAAUUAAGAGGCCCUAAGUUAAUGGGUAUUUUAGUAUUUUUGCUUAGAUAUGAAACCUAGUAUAAAUAAGCUCUUACGUCUUUAUUUUGGAAGAUAGAUUACGUUGGAUUAUGAGUGUAGAUUACUCUUUUAACAGUUGGGGAUUGUCCCAUACCUCCUCUUGAACCUCUCUUGAAGUAUUACGAGUAGGUAAUUCAUGUAUGAGUUCAUAUCUCUUCUCCCUUUAGAUUAUAUUUCGUAUUUGAAUGUUAAUAUAAUUA